CUUCAACAUCAAACGUUUUUUUCCCUUCCACUUUCAAAUUUUUCAACCUUGCACAUCUGAUAGAUCAAAUUUAAAAAAGGGCGAUCACAAUGGCUCCUGCAAGAACAUCCAGUGCUUUAAUCACUCAGCAUAACUUCGAGGAUCUAGCCUUGUCCAAGACCCUGCAUGGCCAAAGCUGGAAUGAGGACCAUCAUCAAGAUUCCUUCAUUUCCAAGCUGAAGAACAAGGAUCGCGAGUUUACUCCCACAGUCGUUGAUAACUAUCUAGACAACUGGAAGGAAACCAAACCCGAGAAUGAGACUGAGGAGGCCAAGGUUGAACGACAGAAUGCUUACAAGGCUGUCGCAAACUCUUUUUAUGACCUUGCCACGGAUUUCUAUGAGGCGCAAUUCGGUAACACAUACUCCUUGUUGUGUACUCACAAUUCAUUUUCCGCAGCACAAUUUACAUAUCUUUGGGCGUUGUUUAUCAUGAAUGAUUUCAUCAACUAAAAGGCUGGAGGGUUUCUUGUUGGCCUGAUUUUUGUAGGCGCAUCAUUCCGGAUUGCGGAGUGACUGUCAUAAAAACGCGUCAAUUGCUGAACAGAAAAUAACAUACAACUGUUUGGUUGUUUACAUCAAUUAUAAAAAUUAGAA